AUGGAUGCUAUAAGACCCCAGACGAUACCAGAUCUCGUACAUGUGUCUGAUUCAUUAUUCAAGCAAUUUGCCAACUCAGCAAUCCAAGUACCAGACGACUAUCCCGGCGUUUCCAACAUGAUACACACUCGUGCUUCUGCAACAUAUGGCGACCCAUCACAUCCCCUAGGUUUUCGACUGGGUAAUGGUGGAGCUGGUCAUACCGGCAUCCUGAGAUUGCUCUGCGAAUACUUCAUCGCUUCUCGAGGUGGAGGCUUCUGUAUCGAGUGGGUUUCGAACCACAGUCGACAUUCUCAGAUCGCUCUGCUGGGAGAUGUUGUCCAAGUUGCUCUGACGUAUGAGCCUGAGUACGAGAAUCUGGCCAUCAAGGAGGGCUGGGCUGAACGAAUGGCGAAAGUGUUUAACGACCAUUUCAUCUUGGUUGGACCUGCAGCCAAUCCAGCUGGUGUUGUUGUCGAUGGCACAAUUACAGAUGCAUUCAAGGCUAUUGCAAAAUAUGGCUCUUCAAACGCUACAAACCACAACGAUGGAGUUUUCCAAACCCGUGGCGAUGGCUCAGCCACAUUCUACAAGGAACUGGCGUUGUGGGAUCUCGCUCAUGUCGAUCUGUUUGCAGCAAAACCAUGGAGAGUCACCAGGCCAGGGACACCUUACGAAGCUUUGCUGAACGCAGACCGUACGAGCGCAUAUUUGCUUAACGAUCGCGCAACAUAUCUGACAGCUAGACGUGACAAAGCCUUGGUCAGCACAGUGCCAUUUAUUGAAGGUGGACCCAAGCUUCUUAAUCCCUGUUCAGCACUUGUCAAUAUCAAAGCCCCACCCAAUGCGCUGGCGAAGGAAUUUGCUUUGUGGCUAGGAACUGAAGAGGUUCAGCAGAUGGUUGCAAAGUAUGGUCAACGAUGGUCUGUUGCGACGCCUGUAUUCUCAACUGCAGAGCAGCAAGAUGUGACCAAGGCGGAGAGGUUGGUAGCUAAAUUAUAG